CAGGAUAGAAGACAGGUUCAAAUGUUGAGUUGAAAUGGAUCUAUUUUCAGAUAGUGACACGAGUCUCCAGGUUACAGAAUUGCCGAAAUAUUUUCAGGAAUUCGCUGGAUUAAACCGCAGUGGGAUUUUAAGGAAAGGUAGGUGGUCAAUAAAAAGUUUCAUCGAAACUGAAAACGAUGGCGAUGAUGAAGAAGAGAAAGAUGGCGAAGUGGAGGCAGAUCUACCGAUUUGCAAGUUUUUCGACAGAUGGGUCGAAGGAAGGAAAUUGAAAAAGAGGCGGGAGCCACGUGAAAGCGAGCAAUCCAAUCAGGGAGACAAUCGGUGCAAAUGGCUGCACAGUUGGACCAUUCGCGUUCUCUCCAGAAAGGAGGGCAGUGCAGUGCUCAUGGGUCAGCGCGCAUCAUCCGCGAAUCCAAGGGAUAUAGUUGGUGCAGUGUAUAUUGCAGGACGAGUCCAGGAAGUUGUCAAUUCGCACGAAAUAAAAACAACCAAAGGAGAUUUCACAUUAGUAGGAAGUAUAACAGACGAGAAAAAAGAAAUACCUAGCUCUGUGGUGAAGCAUUUCAAGGAUGGAUUCCCAUUAAACUGGAAUGAAAUUAUUAGUAGGCAUUGGGUUUCGAAUUCUGCCUCUGCUUCAUCUUCAGAUGAAAGCAUAGUAGUGAACACUGUUGGUAAGAGGAAGAAGCAAGUUAAAUCCAAGCAGCCUUCCAAUGCUCUUUCAUUGAACAAGAAGAAGAGCAAACUUGGAACAAAAAUAGGAGAUCAAUCGCCACAAAUUAUCUGCAAGGAGAUAUCGCUUUCGCAUUGGACAUUGCAUCGUGACCCCGUUGAGGGAUUCACACUUUCUGGAAUCGUUGAAAGUUCUUCAAAUAAUGCGGAGAUUAGAGUACAGCAAGCUGGAAGAAUUCUGUCAAGAAUUGGACCCAAAACAGUGAAAACAGAACUGGGUGUGUUCAAAUUGAAUGGUGGAAUCAGCGACAGAGACAAAUGUCUCCCAGAACUCAUAAAAUCCAAGUUUGCUGCCUCAUUUCACUGUCAAUGGAAAAGGUUGUUGAAUAGCUGCUUAGAUAAAUUCCCUACAGGCGACAAGAAUCGAGACUCUAGUAAUGAGAGAAAUUCACUAGGUUCAAGUUUUGCAGAUGAAAGUACAGCGUUUGAUGCCAAGGAAUCACAGUCAACUAAGGAUCCUUCUUCUAGAAAAAGAAAGUUUUGUGAAGAACCACCAACGAACAAAAUGGAGAAAAGAGAAACAGGAACGUUGGAUAACAGUUUAGACGAAUCAAUUUCAAUUAGUGAAAGAGACAAGGAAAACAAAGAAGAAGAAUCGACCACUUUGAAUCCCUCUAAGAAACGUGCGAAAAAAAAUACCGUAAAAAAUCCGAAAGGCAACACCAAGGAAAAACGUAAAAGUCAGAAGAAAUCUGAAAAGCCCUUGAAGGAUAAGGUUAAACCUAUUGAGAAGGAAAAAACAGUAAAAACCGUAAAGAAAAGGCAGAGUGUUGCUGCAAUUGAAAAGCCAGUUGCGAAGAAAUCUGUGAAAGGUAAAGCGAAACCUACCAAUACAAAGAAAAAGAAGAAAAAGGAUGAGAAAAAUAAAAAGAACAAGGACACUGAUGAUGACGACUGUGAAUUCAACAUCAAUCUUGAAGAUGCUCUCACUAACAAAAAUGGAAAUGCUUCAUUGUUCUCAUCAUUCAUCUCUGACGGUGUAUUUGGUAGUGCCUCAUUCAAAGACUUCUCGCUUGGUGGAUGUCUGUUGAGUGCGAAAAAGUCGAGGAGUAGAGAGGGGGCUGAAACCCCUCCACCCACCAACAUGGAGUGGUUCGAUUUGCUCAAGAACACCACCUCCAACUCAAUCCACAGCGCCAAUAGCAGUAUCGUUAGCCAUGCUAAUUCAAAGGUGAAACAAGAGAUUAACAAGCGUGUGAAGAAGCUGAACAAAGCUUCUCCAAAACAGUCGAAGAAAUCCAAGUCGAAGAAUCCAGUAAAAGUUACAACAAAACGAAAUAAGGAUGUAGACGACCUACUACAGCAGAUGACUUCAUCGAGAAAAGGCAUGUCCACUCCAGUCCUGGUGAGAAAGAUGUUCCGACCCAGGACACCCAACUCGGACAAUGACAGUUGGGAUAGUGACUACUGACACAAAGUGUUUUCACCUAUUGUAAACCAGCUUUGUAAAUAUACAAAGAUUUUUUACCAUAAGAUUAUAAUCUAAUAGUAUGUAAUAUACUCUUCAGCAGAUUUCAUUAAAAAUGCUUUCCAGUUUAGUACCACGAUUUAGAGUAAACAAAUUGUAAAUUAUUUUCAGUUCAGGGGUUUAGUUGUGCUUCUAAGAUUUCAGUAUUUUAUCUGUAAAAUUGUCUAGUUUAAUUUAUUGCAUCAUAUAUUUUUAUAGUAGUAUUGAAUAAUUUUAGAAGAGUGAAAUUGAUUAAUAGAAACUCCAUUUAUAUAUUUAUAGAACAUUUAUGCUUGUUUCAUAAAAAAUAUCAAUAUACUGGUAUAUUAUGUAUUUUAAAACCUAUCUAUCAUCAUUUGUAUAUGUUAAAUCAGUGUAAUUGCUUGAGUUAUGUAUAUAUGGAUUAAAUUAGUUUGAAUUUUUAUUAAAAUUAAUAAAGUAUUCCAAUUAUAUUUUGGUCUAAA